AUGAAGCUUUCAAUCACCGGCGCAAUUUUUGGCCUUGGUCUGCUUACUCCCGUCGUCAUGGGCUACCUCCAUGUUCAUUACCAUGUCUGCGCUCGGUCAGAGUCCCACCAGUUCUAUGACCAGUGUGACUUCAAAAACGCCGGCGCCAUCUGCGUACAACUCUCCCACACCGCCUUUCCCAAUCUGUAUACUAAUGCUGGCUCUCAGGCUACCGGUAUAACCAGUGUUGACGAGCUACACUGCGACACAAACUAUCCCAACUUUCCGGACGAGUGGCACAUCGCCAAGUGGACGGACCCAAGGAAAAGCUGUACGGUGAAAGAUGUUCAUGGCGGGCCGGAUGUUGCUGGCCAAUUGGCUUGCGUUUAUGAUUGA